CAUCGCGUCAGCAAAUAGGGAAAUGGAGAGGAAAAGGGGCCUUAGCGACACCUUAGCGUACUGCAGUUAUUAGCGCUCAAGUGCCGAAUGGACGUUUUUAUGGUGGACUAACUGCUCGUUUCCAGACGUCAUGGAGACCCAUGAGGAAAAGCCCAUCAUUUACACGAUGGAGAACAAACCCAUAGUGACAUGUGCUGGGGACCAAAACCUCUUAACUGCUCUUUAUACCCUGCUGGCACAGCAGCUUCCCCGGGAGCCUAUGGAGUGGAGAAGGGCUUACGGCCGGGCACCAAAGAUGAUCCACCUAGAAGCCAACUUUGUCCAGUUCAAAGAGGAGCUUCUUCCUAAAGAGGGAAACAAAGCUCUCCUCACGUUCCCCUUUCUGCACAUCUACUGGACUGACUGUUGUGACACAGAAACAUAUAAGGCCUCAGUGAAGGAGGACAUGCAGCGGUGGCAGAGUGUGCUAAAGCUGCACAGCUCAGCAGACUGGCUGAUCGUGGUCGUGGAAAGCGACAGUAAGAAGAAGAACAAAACCAACAUCCUGCCACGCACCUCCAUCAUGGACAAGAUCCGCAAUGAUUUUUGCAACAAGCAGAGCGACAGGUGUGUUGCUCUGUCGGAUCCCCUGAAGGAAUCUUCUCGCUCUCAGGAGUCGUGGAACGCAUUCUUGACAAAGCUGCGCACUCUGCUUCUUAUGUCCUUCACCAAGAACUUGGGCCGCUUUGAGGAUGACAUGCGCACGCUGCGGGAGAAACGCACCGAGCCUGGCUGGAGCUUCUGCGACUACUUUAUGGUCCAGGAAGAGCUGGCAUUUGUGUUUGAGAUGCUACAGCAGUAUGAGGACGCACUGGUCCAGUAUGACGAGUUGGACGCCCUCUUCACCCAGUAUGUGCUUAACUUUGGCGCUGGAGAUGGAGCCAACUGGCUAGGCUCAUUUUGCCAGCCUGUGCGGAACUGGAAUGGGCUUCUCCUGCGCAGACCAAUCGAUAUGGAGAAGAGAGAGCUGAUCCAGCGUAGCGAGGCUAGCCUGCUAGACCUGCGCAGCUACCUGUUCUCUCGCCAGUGCACGCUACUUAUCUUUCUGCAGAGGCCCUGGGAGGUCACGCAGAGAGCCCUGGAGCUUCUUCACAACUGUGUGCAAGAGCUCCGUCUGCUUGAGGUCUCGGUUCUCCAAGGGGCCCUGGACUGCUGGGUCUUCCUGAGCUGUCUGGAGGUGCUGCACAGAAUUGAGGGCUGUUGUGAUCGCACUCAGCUGGAGGCCAACUUCUCCCAUACUGUGGGCCUCUGGUCUUAUGCUACUGAGAAGCUGAAGUCUCUGGGCUGUUGGUGCGGUUUAGUGUCAGAGAAUGGGCCCAACUCGGAGGAGCUGAACCGGACUGUCGAUCUGCUUGCAGGCCUCGGCACAGAGAGACCAGAGACAGCCAACAGUCUUCAGAGCCCAUAUAAAAAACUUAAAGAAGCCUUAUCAUCUGUCGAAGCUUUUGAAAAACACUAUCUGGAGUUGUCUCAUGCUGCUCUGGAGAUGUACAGAGCCAUUGGGAGGAUGCGUUCAGCUCGACUGGUGGGGAAGAGCCUGGCUGAGUUCUACAUGAGGAAAGGCGAUGCCCAGACAGCAAAGACGUUCCUGCAGGACUCCUUGAAGUCAUUCACGUUGGAAGGCUGGAGCCUGCCGCUCACACAUACUCGCAAGCAAAUCGCUGAGUGUCAAAAACAGCUGCAGCAGACUGAGGACUACUUGCAGACAAGCGCUCUGCUGGCCAGUGAUACAAACCUGACGGAGGAGGAGAGAAAACACUUCUGCCAGGAGAUCCUUAUUUUUGCUAACAAGGCUCCAGCUGAGUGCAAAGACCAGCGGGUGGCCCUGACCAUGACUGCCUUUGCUCAGCUGCGAGAGCUGCAGUUUCAGCCAGCAUCUGCAACAGUACAUGUUGGUGCUACCUUGCAAUUGGAGCUACGUUUGUGCAGUCUGAUGCCUGUUCCUGUGCAGCUGGAGCAGCUGGCAGCCAGCGUCCACUUUUUAGAGGAGCAGCCAGGCACGCGUUCUGGCCCUGCAGGCAGCCAGCGGCGGCCUGGUCUCAGUCCAGACGGCACCAUCUCCUUCCCUGCCAUGAGUCCCUCUGGUGGUGCUUUGCCCGGAACAGGGAUGCCUGCUCUGGAGCUUUAUGAAAUACAGGACCGCAGUCCCUCUGACAACAUGCUGAACACCACUAGCGUUGUCUGUAAGAACGCGCACAUGGUGCUACGUACCAAUGAUGGCUUCUCCCUCUUGGACAUGCAUAGUGCUGUAGGCUCCGCCUUUACUAUAGAGGACGGAACACGGGUGCUGAAAACCAACAACGUGACUUUAUUGCCAGGCAACAACAGCGUCAUCUUUACAGCGCUGAGUACAAAGCCAGGCACCUACACUUUGCGACAGCUGUGUGCUACAGUGGGCCGUGUGCAGUUUGUGCUGCCUCACAUUUACCCCAUAGUAAAAUAUGAGGUAUAUUCCCAGGAGCCUCAGCUGACCAUCGAACCCCUGACAGAGAGCCUGCUGGCUGGGCUUCCUCAGAGGGUGAAGUUUACCAUUCUAACAGGCCACUACGAAGUUAAGAAGGGUGACGCUCUGCAGCUAAGUAACACCGACUCCAUGCCCAUCCUGCACUCCUCCUCCUGCUCGGCCCGUAUUCUUUCUGGCACUGGAGAGCUGGUGGGAGAGCCAGCUCUGUCCAUCCAGGCUUCAGAGAAGGUGACGAGCAUUUCCCUACCUCUAACUCCACCGUAUCACACACUCGAGUUUCAGCUAGAGGUGCUGUGCCAUAUCCCAUUAUCACCAGCACGGGUCGAAAGCGAACGCCUUACCAACGGCGAAAUCCGCCACCGACCAAGGAGCCGCACGCGCUUCAACAGCGGCAUGGCCUGCAUCGACCAGAAGGUGUCUAUUGACUGUCCCUGGUCUAUAUACUCCACCCUCAUUUCCCUCACCUUUUAUACCCCCUUCAGAGCCAAACACGCACUACUGUCCGCAGGGAAAAGGAAGUACAUCCAGGUGUGCCUCGAAAAUGUUUCGAACACAAACUUCCGUCUUGCCAAUCAGACUCUGUCAGAGUGUUCACACACACCUUCACUCCAGCUCCUCUCUCUCAAUACUAAAACAGACCAGGUGGUUUACAGUAAGCAGUGUGUGUAUGGUCUGUGGGAGGUGAAUUGGACCACAGAGCCACUGCCGUGUCUGCAGUGUGUGUUCUCUGCCAGCUUUUCUCCUGCUGACGCUCCAGACACGGCGCUCAAACCCUACAGCUACGAGUUCCAGCUGGAAAGAGUGUCGACACUGUACAGUGUAAAGGCAGACAUCCAGCCUGCGGUGGGGGAGGAACAGUGUCGCGCCGGCACACUCUGUCAACUGGAAGUGUCGGUCACACGUCUGAUUGAGCCGACUGAAGCAGACGGAGAGGAUGAGGAGUUAACUGAGAACGAAGGCCUCCGUACAACCAAGCUCAUGUAUGAGGUGGUGGAUAACAGCAGUAACUGGGCUGUGUGUGGGAAGAGUUCAGGGUUAGUGUCUAUGCCCGUAGCUGUCAUGGCAACGCACAAAGUACAGAUGGAGGUCAUGCCUCUAUUUGCAGGCAAGCUGCCUUUCCCCAGCAUCAGAGUAUUCAAGUACCUGCCCCACAGCACACAACCUACAAGUCAGCCUGACACAGACUCGUGCCUGGAAAACGACAACCUGUCUCUUCUGGAUAAGGGUCUGGAGGAGCAGGGAGACACAGCCAGUCUGCGCAGUCGGGGAAGCAUCCACUCCGUGGGCAGUAACGAUCAGCAGCAGAGGGCUCUUCCCAUGCCCCGACUCGAGCCCUUCAGCCCGGGCCAAGUGUUUAACUCCAGCCAGACACAACAGGUUUUGGUGCUUCCUAGCACAGACGACCAUGUGCUUGAGGUCAAUGUCACAUGACACCCAUGGAACGCCCCGCCCCGCCUGGUCUUGGACCCUGCAUUUUGUAAUCUCAUUGGACAGGAGAAGAGGGACAGGGGGGGCUCUGGUGCGGGGCGGUGGAGCGUCCCAAUCUCUGGACUCAGCGGGCGGGCAAUGGGCGUCGGCCUGGCCUGCAAACAGAAACACUAACCAAUGGCUGGAGCCUGGGAAUCCAUCUACUGUCUAAUGGUUUCUGUUCCAUUUCUUUAUUGCUUACUCAUCUACAGAGUGAAGUGUGAGACAGGGAAGUGUCUUCUGUCACUUUCUCUCUGACUCAGUGGGCAGCCGCGGAUUACGCGUCAUCCGUUUCUGCCUCCCUAUUUCAUCUUCCUGCAGGGGAAGUUUUCAAUACUACCGUGACAGAGUCACACCUAGCUGAGAUGAUCACACACACAUAUAUAAAUAUAUAUAUAUACACACACAGUGACCUCUCUGGAAAGGUUGGCAGAUAUUGUGGUUAUUAAUUUGGGAAUAUGUGUGUGUGUGUGUGUAUGUAUGCGUUGAAAGAUUUAAUUUUAUUAUUUUUGUUGUUUACUUUGUCUGACCCCAGGCUCACAUGCAUGUAUUUGCUAAACAUGAUCAUGGCACCUGGCAGAGGAGGUGAGAGAGGGAGGAAACAAGUCCUGCUGACUUAUUGCUUAGGAUCGCUCUGCUCGUUUAGGCUGCUUCUUUAAGCUUGAUGUUCAGUGUGUUUGUGAGUCAGUGUAUGCGUGUGUCCUGAGAAACAGUUUUUAAAGUGCAGUCCUCUUUGCCCCGUUUGUACUGUUGGUAAUCCGUAUUACUGUCAGACAGAAACAGACUGUAUUUUCUUUACACUGCAUUUGUUUGCAAAUGGCAAAAAGAAAAAUCAGAAACUAGCUAGCUAGGAUGCAGUAAAGUAGCAACUGGAAGUAAAUGACCCAGUAAAUACUUCUAAACAGUCUGUUUGAGGCCCCUAUUAAAAGACCCAUCAUUAAUGAUUUGCACAAUGUAUAAAGGCAUUAUUUUACGACCUACAGUUUGUUGCUUUGCCAAUUCAAUAUAAUUAGUUGCACAUUUACAGCCAUAUUGCAGCACUGGUGUAUUACACACCAUAGUCAACGUUUUCAGGAAUGAGUUUUUUUCCCAAUCCUUGACUUUUUGACAGUUACAGAUGACACUACGCCCAAUCAAGCUUUUGUUUACAUGACAUUCCAGUAGCGUGUGUGAGGGGGGGGAAACUCCUGUAAUCGGUUGAGCACUUACAGCAAGGUAUAACUCAGAAUUUCUAAAUUCUCUGCACAGAAUGAUGGUGACUAAAUACUGAAGGACAAGUGAGGAUUAUAAAGAAUUCCUUCUCAUUUCAUGGAGUUCCAUAAAACUAUUAUUGUCUGACAGGGACAUAAAAGUUAUAACUCUGAGAACUCUAACACUGAGGGUUGGUGGUUUCUUUUUGGGGUUUUGUGCACUGAUGGUAACGAAAGGCCUGUGACGGCUGUAGGCCUGAGGUUGUAUUUGUGGAUUCUGGACGCACUUUGUCAUGCACUAAUGUGGACUAGGUCACAUAAUUAUCACCAGCUAGUCAUAUGGGGGGGAUUUGAGAUGAUUAGCACUUGUUUGUGAGCAGCCAAAUUGUGUUUGAAUGAGUUUUUGUUUGUGCUUUCUGGAUGAUGUAUUUGGUUCUGUUGCUGUAAGCUAAUGUUUAGGAAAGUACAAAUUAAAAAGCAGCAGACUUGUCAUAUCUUUGCUUGUAUGUGUAUGUUGCAGAUCCUCUGGUUUUCAUGGCUAGCACAGUAUUUAUUCUGUGAAUAAAUCUUUUCCUCUGGCUCGGA